AUGUCUUCUCGUUUAGCUGCUUGUGAAGGCUGUAGAAAGGCUAAACUGGCAUGCGAUCAUAAAUUACCGGUUUGUACAAGAUGCAGCACCAACAAGGGCAUAUGUAUCUACAGGACAACCCCUUUCAAGCGAAAAAGAGCUGAGAAGCAAAGUCUUGACUCACCGGAUGAAUCUUCAUCCUUCAACCCGAGACGCAAUCCCUAUCCGAACCCUGGAUACCUUGGAUCGUCUAGCCAUGCAGCUAUAUUUAAACAUAUCACUCCAGAUGGAGACCAUGGAAGUCACCAGGCAGUCCCUGAAGCUCUGCACUCGGAUUUAUUCGGCGAUAACCAUCUCGUUCUUCAAGGUGCAGAUAUCCUAAAGCACCUCCUGACAAAAUAUGAACUCUCGGCCAUGAAAGACCUCGUCGUUUUUUGGUUAGCCAAAGGAGCAAAUCUCGCCCUGGCAGAACCCUUCGUCAAUCACUGCACCCAAAGCGUCAGUCAGCUAUUCACCUACCAUGACGUAAACUGGCACUUGGUCUACGCAAGGCGUCUCCUCCAGAACUCAGCCCAACAGCUGCACUUCACCGAUUCUUCAGAUCUACCAUCUUUCUCGGCCCAGUUCCUAAAUCACAAUUCUCGCUGGGAAACCCUGGGCAUCUUUUUCGCGGCCGUCACUCGAGCAACUAUCGACAUCACUUUCUUCCCUUCCCUCUACACUACUGAACAAUCCCAAUAUACCCUCCGAAGACUCUGUACCAAACUAUGCGAUUUCGCUCUCGAAAUCUCACUCUCCCUAGACUGCCUAAACGACCUCCAACUAAUAAUGCAAUACGAAAACUUCAUCGUCCACUCCUACGUCGACGGCGAUCAAAGCUACCACUCCUGGCGCAAACUGGGCGAUGCAAUCUCCUCCACCUUCGCACUGGGUUAUCAUGAAAAUGUCGAGUCCAAGCCCGGAAUCCCGCCCUUUCUCAAAGAGCUGCGCAAAGCCGCUUUUGCGCGCAUUUACUCCGCCGACAAGAAUAUUGCUAUUUUCCUCGGCCGUCCGCCCCGCAUGAAUAAGCGAUUUUGUCAUUUUCAGAUCCCCGCUUGCUGGAACGCUAACGGCCAGGAGUGGACCCUAGAUGCUGAAGCUGGGUAUAGAGCUGAUACGCGCUGGUCGGCGCUGUGUGCUUCGCUGAAAGAGGAGAUCUGGGAACUUCUCCAGGAUAAGCAUGAUCCGGCCUGUGCGCAGCGAGCGAGUGUCAUUCAAAACCAGGCAGAGAAACAGUGGCAAGCUCUGCCGCCUCAAUUCCGUCUCGAAAGCAGCCUGAAGCAAUGCACCCAAGGGCCCUUCGAGCGUGACUUCGUGGCUGGUGUCCGGCUGCACCAUCUGCACGUCCUCUUCCUGCUCCGUCUUCUGCUCCUCAAAUCGCCAACGGAACCAGAUCUUCCCAUCAUCGAAAUAGCAGGCCAGAUGCUUACCCUCGUCGUGGAAAUUAUCCUUCUCCGUGAUCACCUCACUAAUUCUGGUACUGGGCUUAUUUGGAAAGUGGCGUAUUACGGUCUUCCCGCUGCGGGGAUAAUGCUCUUAGCUAUGCUCAAGCAGCAUAUGCCUCGCGCGCAUCGAACUCGCACACUGCAGGAUCUGAGUGUUUUUGUUGCGGAGGUUCAGAUCGGGACGAUUGUUAGACCCGGGGAUCCGAAUUAUGCGCUUCUUUCUAAGGCUACUAGGACUAUACAGCGGUUUCUGGACUCGACACAUUCGGAUCCCGUGCCGGUUGAAUCGGUUGGUCAGGGGGAUGAGUGGGCGGCGCUUUUGAGUCAAGAUUUGUGGGAUUUCGAGGCUGGGUUCUGGCAAAGUUUAGCGGAUCAUCCUUCUCUUUUGGCUAUUGAGCCGGAAUUGCCGCGUGUUUAG